AUGUUCUCGCCAUCAAUCAAAUUGAAAAAAAUAUUGAUCGGUGGAUUUGAAGAUAUUAGAAAAGUCCUUGACGCGUCAAACUCUGGGAAGGAUGGGGAGGAUGACAGCGAAGAAAGAGAAGGUGGAAAUGAAGAAAAAGAGGGGGACGAUCAAGUGGAUAUCCCGGCUGGCCAUGAAGUUGAUUUCGAGUCUUUGGAGAAUGGACUCAAUAAUAUUGCUGUUGAAAAAAUGAGAGUGGUUUUGUGCGAUGACACUGAGAUUAUUCAAGUCGCAAAGCACUAUAAAGUUGAUCCUGAAUCUCGGUUCAUCACUCUGACUGCCUCGAAAGCUGAAUUCUUUAUUGAGCCCGAGCGAUUUGAUGCUUGGCUUCUGAGGCAUCCAAAGGGUUAUUUCCACCAAUUUGUAUUGACAAGGAAGUAUGACAACAAAACUGCUAAUCUGCACCGCCUCACUUAUGAAUGCCAAUGCGCUGGCAAGAAGCGCGUAAGGAAAGAUAGACCUCAAGGAGGUGUCGCCGGCAAAAGCAGAAUCGAUGCUCCAGGAAAUAAACAAGGGUGUGGAGCAAAGACAUGA